AUGCACGGCGGUGCUGGUCUCGGCCGCGACCGCUCUGGCUGUCCCUGGCCACUCAGCUGGCCAGCAGCUGAGUGGCCCGGCGCCGCCGCCACUGCCCCAGCCGCCGCCGCCGCCGCCGCCGCCGCCGCCAGCGGAGGACCGGGCGGCGGCGUCCUACCUGCAGUGUCACCCAACACCCCCGCUGCGGCGGCCGUCUCCCCCACUCCGCCGGCGCCGCCCGCCGCUCCGACUUUGGCCUGGCUGCCGGCCCUGGAGCGUCUGGAGGUGUGCCUUCAGAUCAGCGCGGUCACCGUCACCGUUCCGGCCGGUCCAGAGAGCGGCGGCGGGGCGGCCGGGGACGCGGAGCGGACGGCGGACCCGCUCCCCGCCGCGGCCGGCCACCACCCGGCGCCGGUACCGGGCCGGGUCCGCAGCAGUAGCGACUCGGGCCACCGGUACUGCCUGCACGGACAGCUGGUCUCUGUGCUGCCGUCAGUCCGACUGGACAGCGCUGCGCUCAAAUCGGCCGCCCUGCCGACAGUGCCGGAGGUGCCCGUCCGACUCACCAGAUCUUCAGCGGCCGCAGCCGGCUCCCAGCUGCGCUUGCCGAGCCAGACGCAGCAGGUGAUGUCGCCGUCGGUCCUGGUGCGCGACUGUGCGCCCAUCCCGCGCCCAACGCCUCCCCCCCCCCCCCCCACAACGCGCGCUGUAGCGCCUGCCGAGCGCCGGCUGCUGCCGGGCCCGCCGUCGUAGUUUUAUGGCCUUGCGCCGUCACUCGCCAGCUGGUGGUGGCGACCCGUGAUCGCUCGCGUACGUUCGCCGGCGCGCCCAUUGCAGAGAAGGGGUUCGCGCAUGCCCAUUGUAGAGGGGCGCGCCCCUUGCGGAGGCGGUACGCGCUACGCUGUAGACACUACUGCUUGUACCUGGUUGGGUAGCUCCUUUGCACAUUGUUUGUUCAUGGAUGUAAAUACAAGUUACAUGACUGAUGA